CUUCCUUCCUCCUGGUCACGUGGGGCAGGCUGGCUCCUGUGCCCCGAGCCUGGGGGCCCACAGCUUCCUCUGUCUGCCCUGCCCAGAGCCAGGAACAAAGCAGCAGCAUGGGCACAGGGAGUCCGAUGCUCACGACCCUCCUCUUCCUCCUGGAUGUCGGAAGUGCUCAAGUGCUGGCAGCAGGCAAGUCCGCGGGAACUGAAAUUGACUUCAAGUACGCCAUCAUUGGGACCGCCGUGGGUGUGGCCAUCUCAGCUGCCUUCCUGGCCCUGAAGAUCUGUGUCAUCAGGAAGCAACUGUUGGAGAGUGACUCCUCGGAUGCCAGAAGUGCACCCGUGGGCAGCAGUGACCCGGCCGCAUGGAAGAAGAGGAGAUCCACGAGGCAUAGGCAGAAAAGAGCCCAGGUAUGGAGGGAGACAGGGACACAAACUGAGACCUGCUGGAAGGCUCUGCUGAGUCAGAGAUGGCCAAAUAUGGAUGCUCCUGGACUGUUUGGAAACCUCAAGGCUUUAAGGGGCCAUGUGCAUUAUACAGGUCACGUGGCUGGGUUGGCUCUUCCACUUUGAAGAGUUUCGAGCAGGGAUGGGAAGAGCUGCAGAAGACAGGCAGCUGAAGAGAGGAAGGGAAAAGAUGUGAAGGAUGGGGGAGAGAGGUGAGUGCCAGGGCUGGAUGGGAAAAGGCACCCACCCAAGGUGCCAACAGCUGCUCUCAGGAGAUGUCCUGCCAGAGACCCUGUACAAAUAGGGGACCCUUAUGAGAAGUUCAAGUUUCCAAAACUAGCACCAGAUGAAGUGGAGAGGAAGUCAGGCUAAGUGUGAGCCGCCACUCUCCCGGAGUGUGCUCAGCGUGUGCUGGUCGUCCCCUCCGAGAUGGGCUCCAUGAGCGCCCUGCUGUCCCACGGGCUGAACCUUAGCUGUUCCAGGAGUGAGGGGGGUGCGUGGGCUCACUUGUAGCAAAAGGAGGGGAGGCAGUGGCUGCCCUGCAUAGCCAGGGUUCUUUGACAUGCUCCCCUCCUCACCCUGGCAGUGCGGGACAGCAGGGAUUGCUAAACCUUGGCUAACCAGAACCUGUGCCAGGGCCACUAAGAGAACUGUGGCUGGAUUUACAGGGAUUAUGGGGGGCGGGGGAAACAGGGUUUUAACCGAAGGAGAGUUCAAUUUGUUUGUUUGUUUACUCAGAUUUUUUUUCCAAUGGCUGAUCUGACCCUUAGGCAUUGUGAUCCAUUUGAUUAAAAAAAAUUAAAAAAAAAAAAGAAGAAAUAGAAGAAGCCCAGCAUUUCUGUAUGUCUUCAGACUAGCUGCUUGUCAACGGCUUUGGUGGCUCAGAGUGGGCAAAGCUGGUCUGCACAGCUGGGGCUGUUGAGGCAGAUGGCGUCUUGGACCCCACAGCUGGAUCAACUGCAUUCCUAGGAAAGACGGUUGGUGGCAAUCACAGCACCACCGUCCACACUCCGUAGCUCUUGAGUCCCUUAGCCCACCCUGGAUCCAGGGCAGCAGCCCUCCGGCCAAGCCAUGAAGAUCCCCCAUGCCUUCCCUACCCAGGCUCAGGCAGUCUCCUUCCUGCCUUCUUUCUUUCCUUUGGGAAAACUUGGCAAAUCCACAGGAAUGUGGGAGCAGCGCUGUAGUGUGUGUGUGUGUGUGUGUGUGUGUGUGUGUGUGUGUGUGUGUGCGUCCUUCUCCCAGACUACACUGGGCUCUGGUCUCCUUUACUUUCUCCCUGUCUAGUUUUGGGAGGCCGAUGGCCUUGUAAACCAGUGUAGGUCUCACAGUUACGUCCCGUCCCUCUGAGGUAAAGCCCCUCUGUCCUUGUGGUCAGAGCUGAAGCAUCUGAGCCAGCCCGUUCCGUGCUCUGGAUCUGCCUGAUUGGCUGACGCAGUGGUGAAAGAAAAGGCAGCAGGUGCCUUUUCUUUCAUUGUAUCCUGAGACAUAAUUGGCCAGGCCUGCUCACUGAUGGAGCCAUUUUAUUUGGUGGCUUGCUGAAGGAUGCUGCUGUCAGCUCUUUAUUUUGUAGAGAUUCAAACAUUCUCCUCCAUGCCCACCACUUUUAAAUUAGCAAAUAAUUCAAGGGCUGGCCCUGGGGAACCGUGGCACUAGCCCGAGCCGCAGCGAUUUCUCACCCGGUGCUUCUACAGCCAUUUGCCAUCACUGCUGAAAUCAUGUAUUUCCAUUGGUGGUUACAAAAUACUGAGUUCCUAAUCCUAGCAUUCGUUCUGCAUCUCUUAGCUGGGUUCUUCUGCAGGAA